AUGACCAUAUAUGGUGGUAAUGAUGAUGAGGUGAUAUUUAUGGAAGAGCGUUUUGGUGAGAAGAGUGGAUGGAAUGGAGAGGUUUGUGGUAAUGAUGAUGAGGUGAUAUUUAUGGAAGAGCGUUUUGGUGAGAAGAGUGGAUGGAACGGAGGUGGUGACGAUAUAAAACGGAAAGCCAAUGACUGUCGAAGGAAAAAAGUUAAACGAGCUUCAUUACCGCCAGCCCAAGCGGCAAAAUUUCUGGAUAACCAUAGAAAAGCUCAAAAACGAUAUCGACAAAGAUUAAAAGCCAACAAUAACAAUCAAGUUCUGCCAAAUUCUACAUAUUCAAAGCACACUUUGGGGAAAGCCGUAAAUAAAGUACUACGUGCGUUGCCCAAUGAUCCUAGUCAACAGAAGCAAGUUCUUCAACAUGCUGGUCAAACUCUUGGUUUGUUGCCAACGCCCAAAGCAAAAAGGACACAGUCGAAUAUACCCGCACGAGUAAUUAAACAAAUUGAAUCUUUCUACAAGCAGGAUUCAAUAUCAUGGCAAGCUCCGGGAAAACGGGAUUGUGUAACUGUGAAAGAAAAUGGAGUUAAAGUCAAGCGUCAGAAACGACAUUUGCUGUACAAUAUUCGCGAGGUUUAUGAAUUGCUUAUUGCAGGAACUGUGGCUAAUUGUGUUAAAGAACUGAAAAAUAAAACGCCACCGUUUUUAUGGCAUGUUUUCAUUAAACGUAAACAAAGUGAAUAUUUUGAACAUAUUAAAGAGAAUGCUAGUGAUCGAACGGUGGUGUGUCAGGUGGAUUAUGCUGAAAAUUUCAUCAUGGAUGAUCAAAAUCAAAUUCAGUCAGCACAUUGGACAAAAAAACAGCUGUCAAUUUUCACAGCCUAUGCAUGGAUGGGAGAGAGUGGUGGUGUUGGCUAUUCGUUCGGUCUUGUGUCAAGUUAUACAAAACACGCUAAAUUCACAGUUGUUACUUGUUUAGAAAUUCUAAUUAAUGAAAUAACGGGCUUGAUGCCGGAUGUUGAUGAAAUAAUUUUCUUUUCUGAUGGGGCAGCAAGCCAAUUUAAAAAUCGAUAUUUAUUACGUUAUUUAACACAUUUGAGGGACAAAACAGAUCUUGAUAUUAGUUGGAAUUAUUUUGCAUCAUCACAUAGUAAAGGUGUGGUAGACGGCAUUGGCGGGACAAUAAAGAGAUUGGUUUGGACGGAGAUUAUGGCAGGAAAACGUUGUUCAUCUGCUGAUGAAUUUGUUAACAUUUGUCGCGAAAAAACUAAAACUAUUAUUGUUGGUCUUGUCAGACAAGGCCAAUUUGAUAUCACGAAAAUAACUCUUGAAAAAUUCUUCGAUGAAACCAUUAAUGUAAAUGGGAUUGGUAUUUUUGCAUGCGAAGGUUGUCAACAAAAGUUUUGUCGAAAACAUUCGAACGAACAUCGAGAAGAAUUAGCGAAGCGACUGGAGACAAUCGUUUUCGAGCAUGAUCUCAUUCAACAGCAACUACAAAACACCUCGAACUCAACGACAAAACAUCCCAUUUUCACACAAAUCGACAAGUGGGAAACAGAAUCUGUGAACAAAAUAAAGCAAGCGUCUAGCGAUGCUCGAAAUCAGCUUCAACAACUGUUAAGUGAACACACUCACGAAACAAUGAAAGCCUUUCGACGAAUAACUGAUCAUUUGAGAAGUAGACGCAUCACUGAAGAUUAUGCUGAACCAGAUCUCGAUCAAUGGACAAAAGAGCUGAACAAAAUCAAAGAUGCAAUAAAUCGACCGAAAAACAUCGAUAUCUCUGAAGAUUCGUCUGCCUCAGUGAAGCUGAUUCGCGUUAUGUCACACCAGACACACGCCAAGUACCACCCAACUACAGAAGAAAGAUUUGGUGAAGUUGUUGGUGGCAUCGAAGUGAGAGAGAGUGGUCAAUUGGCUGUUUCAAAGUCUGAUGAUGAUGCAAGUGUUUAUGGUACUAGUCUGUAUUCAAUCGAUGUUCAUCAAAUUUCGAUCGUCGUGAAAAUUGGGAAAUUAGGUGACUGGAUUUUUCUUGGUAUUAUAUCCUCUUCAGAUAGCAGACAGAAAAGAGCUUUGUCCUUGCCAUCGGCUUAUGGAUGGUGUGGUGCCUCGGUUUAUUUGAAUGGCACUUUCAAUAAGGGUUAUGGUGGUUUUGAUGGUGAUAUCAUUGAUAAUGACAGACUAGAGCUAACAGUGAACUGUAGUGAGAGAAAGAUUCAGUUGUUCAACAAUCGUACAAAGAAAACAUAUGAGAUACCGAUCGAUAUCAGGAGAUGCUCAGUGCCUUGGACAUUUGCUGUUAAUUUUGGAUCUCCUGGCAACACUGUGCGUAUAUGAUAAAGAAGAACUUUGUAACCUCGAGUUACAUUGUAAGAGAUGUUGACGUUGACAAAAGCUAAGAGUAAUAUUGCCUCCGGAUAGUGCGAAGGAAACAGGUAUGGAUGUAUCGCAUUACCUUACGCUCAAGUUGUCUGUGAUACUAGAGAACUUCGACAGUAAGUUGAAGAGAUUUGAAUGAAGUUUUCAGAACAAAUAAUUCGUUACAGAUAAGAGUUGCACGGAAUAGCCACGUUCGGACCCGUCUCGUCGGUUUGGGAUGGUACGAGACGAAAUGCUCACGACGCGACGAGACAGACUAAGAGCUGUUUCUUCAAAACUCCAGGGUUCGUCCUCUCAAAUUUCAAAAAAUAGGAACAGGAGAGGAUUUUUCUACAAUGUGUUAAAUAAUGUAUUGCUGGGCAGAAGCUAGGAAAUAUUUCUAGCGCUUGAAGAUACACCGAUAGUGCUUUGUCGUACUCGCCCUUUUCGUGAAUAUCUGCUAUAUGUACAGUGUUGCAGCAGUAGCUGUAGCACGCAACGGUAGAGCGUUCAUCAUUAGGUCAUAAGCCUUUUGAUAGUUUUCAAGUGCUAAGUCAAAAUCGCCUCUAUCAUUGUAAGCCAGGCCAGUCGCAUUGUAAAUUAACACUGCGUCUUCAUCUCGAACAUUGUUCAACAAAGUUUGAAGGUAUUUCAAUGUUUGAUCACAUUUUCCCGUCGUAGGCAGAAGUUCACCAAACAUAACUGUCAUGCUGCCCUCUCGAUAUUCUUCAAUAAUAUAAUCUUGAGCAAUUUUUGUUCCAUCCUCCGUCGCUUUUAGUUUAAUUACUCACAGCUUCUGAUCAGAACACUCUUUCACCGGCUUAUGACCUAAUGAUGAACGCUCAGCCGUUGCGUGCUACAGAUACUGCUGCACUAUUGUUACAUGUA